AUGGCUGAGCUGCACAAGGCGCUGGAAUGCCUCAGACCCAAGGAGUUUAGUGACGUGCCAACCGACAAUCUCAAGAGCUUCCUCCCUGAGAUCCUUUCCAACGCUGAACUUAUCGCAAACUCCGUUCCUCCCCCACCAAACGGCACACCCUACGAGUCAGCACAGCGCACGCGCACAUCUCCACAGCCUGCAGCCAAUGCCGCCGAUCUCACAAAGUCUGAGGUCCGGCGGCCGCCGCCUGCGAAAGAGCAUGAAGCACUGCAGAAGUUAUGGGGUAAGCCGGUGAAGCUGGGGGGCAAAGAGGCAGCUGCCGGCAUGAGCGUGUACAAAAUGGCUGGGCAUGACAGACACGGCGCAUGGUUCUCGCGGACGAGUGUGCAUGAAGGCCUGGGGUUUGCAAAAUGGAAGCGCAUGAUGCAAAGAGAGUUCCCUGAGAGCUUGGAAGUGCGAGGCGGGCCUGGAGAAGGUAACAUCAGAGGCAUUGGCGGAGAUCAGAGGCUAGAGGACAUGACUGUAGAAGGCAUCGGUAAUCUACAGGUGUACCAGCUAUCUGCGCAGUUUCCAGGACCAACAUCCCCUCGAGAGUUCAUCACGCUGCUCAUCACGUCCGAAAACGCCCUCAGCGAAGCUUCAAAGAUCGGCUGCACUACGCCACGACACUGGAUGGUCGUGUCGAUACCUGUAUCUCAUCCAGAUGCGCCGCCUCGCGAUGGCAUGGUUCGAGGUUUCUACGAGUCCAUCGAGAUGAUCCGAGAGAUACCACUGGAGGGGAACGAGGACGCUGAGACCAAUCCAGUCGAGUGGAUAAUGGUCACGCGCAGCGAUCCUGGCGGUGGCAUACCGCGUUUCAUGGUAGAGAGAAACGUUCCAAGCAGUAUUGUGGCAGAUGCGGUCAAAUUCUUGGAUUGGGCAUGCGCGAGGGACGAUGCUGAAGUGGAUGAGGCUCCAAAGGCUGGCCAAAACGACUCGACCAAUGCCCCACAGCAGGACCACGAUGCACAGCCACGCUAUUCGAUAGAGAACUCGAAUGGCAUCGGUGCAGGGGUCGGUACCAGCAUAGCGGAUAGACCAGCAUCGACACGCAGACGAGCCUCACACCAAGUAGUCGAAAAGGAGGAGCCUGUACAAGGUUACCUCGACCAGCUGAGAGACGCCGUAGGCGGCCUUGGUGCAUACAUUCCAGACGCCAUGAACCCCAUGCCCCAGCUUCAGCGCAGCAUUUCCAGCACUUCCUCGUCAUCGGUCUCAUCGGUCGACUCUUUCGCCUCUGCUGAGCAAUUCACCAGUGCACCCGAAGGGCUUCCCGUCGACGAGAGCAUAGCUACGCCGUCAACAGCAUCGGAAGUAUCUGUGCCUAUCGACGAUGACAGCCAUCACGCACGCGAACUCAACAAGAUCGAAGAUAGAAAAGUCCAACUACGUGAAAAGCUGGACACAGAGCGCGAGAAGCGUACCGCAGCCGUACAAAGCGAGUCACAGAAGAGUCAGAAAGAGAUUGAGAAGGCGGCUGAGAAGCACGCCAAAGACAAGAAAAGGCAAGAGGAGAAAUACGCCAAAGAAAUGCGCAAACUUGAAGAGCGCCGCGAAAGGGAGACUAAGAAACUUCUCGCUCGCCAGCAGAAAGACGCUGAUAAGUCAAAGCUCGCGUCGACUCAGAGGGAGAGGGAUGAGUUCAAGAAGGAGAAAGAACUGCUUCAGGAAGAGAACAAGCUACUCAAGGUGCAGAUUGGAGAGUUGCAGAGAGAAAACACAGCGCUUGUAGCUAAGCUGGGCAAGAGUGAUAUCGGGAGGGACAUUCUGGCCAGUGUGAGGCAAGGGGAAGGGAGGACCAGAGCCAGCAGUAGAGCGAGUGGAAGCUCGGGGAAGAGCGGGUUGUUGAGGAGUGGAACGACGGCCUCGAAGGCCUGA